AUGAUGAUGAAUUCAAAUCAAUCAUAGUUUGACCAUCGUUUGCAAACAAAACAAAAAAAAUCAAAUUCAAAAUCCAAUUUCAUCUUGUGCAACAACAACACGUUUUUCUCUCGCAUUUCACUCUGGUCACUUUAGUCACAAAGUUACAUUGACAUAUUGAAAUCAUCAAAAUUACAGUUUUAAAAACUUUUUUCAUUUAUUCAAUCGCAUUUGUGGUGCAUACAGAGAGAGAUUAAAGCAAAAUUUGACCAGAAAAUCAAAUCAAAAAUGACCAACAAUAAAGCCUGUGCACGUUGUCAAAAGACAGUUUAUCCAAUUGAAGAACUUAAAUGUUUGGAUAAGAUAUGGCAUAAAACUUGUUUCAAAUGUCAUGAAUGUGGUAUGAUAUUGAAUAUGAAAACAUAUAAAGGUUUUAAUAAAAAUCCAUAUUGUAAUGCACAUUGUCCACAAGCACGUGCAACAACUGUUGCCGAAACACCUGAAUCAAAACGUUUAGCUGAAAAUACAAAAAUUCAAAGUAAUAUAAAAUAUCAUGAAGAUUUUGAAAAACAAAAAGGAAAAUUAACACAAAUUGCUGAUGAUCCGGAAACAUUACGUAUACGGAAUACAACAAAAAUUAUUAGUAAUGCUACAUAUCAUGGUGAAUAUGAAAAAAAGAAACAAAUGGAAGAACGUCGUAAUCAAUUAAAUGAACAUGGUGGUGAUGGACAAAUUAUUUAUAAUAAUAAUAGUAUUAAUACACAAACAUCUAUCUUUCAACAACAACAACAACAACAACAGCAGUAUUCACCACCAGUUCAACAUCAAAAUAAUAAUAAUAAUAACAAUCAUCAUCAACAUCACCACAAUCAACAGCAGCAUCAUCAAAAUAUUCAGAAUAAUAAUCUGCCACAUACUCAACAGCAACUAAAUCCGGUAUCAUCAAAUAUUAGCCAUAAUAAUGUUAAUACAAAAAAUAUACCACCACAACAACAACAACAACAAUAUGUUCGAACACCAUUGGCAAAUCCAUCCGUUCAGAUGGAAAAUCAUAUGAUACAGCAAAAGAAUAAUAAUAAUCAUCAGCAUCAUCAACAACAACAACAACAACGAAAUCAAAUGAUGGCAAACGAUUUAAACAGUAAUAAUAAGUAUUAUAAUAAUAAUAAUAAUGUUAUGCAGCCAAAUAAAUUGCUUAUCGAUUCAGCUAUACAGCAACAAAAACAUCAGCAACUUAAUCAUCAUCAGCAACAACAAUCAGCCGCUGGAUAUUAUCAACAACAACAACAACAGCAGCCAAUUUCAAAUCCUAUGAUGAUCCAUCAUGGUCCAUCAAUGCAUAGCGGUGGUGGUGGUGGUGGUGGAUAUAUUCAUCAGAAUUAUUCACCAGCUAAACAACCAACAUCACAACAACAACAACAACAAAUUCAUCCUAAUGUUCAACAGCAACAGAAAUUGUAUUAUCAUCAACAACAAGGUGUGGCAGCUACUGAACAUCAUCAUCAUCAUCAUCCAUCACAAAUCAUCUAUCCAACAUCAGGAACUACUGCUGCCGUAACAAAUUACGAUAAUCAUCAACAAUAUCGUCAUCAUCCACAUCAUCAACAACAACAACAACAACAACAUCCUCAAAUGAAACAACAAACAUUGAAUAAUAAUAAUAAAACAACGAUAAUGCCACCUACACGUCAAAAUCUUGGUCUAUGUUUUCGUGCCAUAUAUGAUUAUACUGCACAGGAUGUUGAUGAAGUAACAUUUAUUGAUGGUGAUCUUAUUGUUAAUUGUCAACCAAUCGAUGAUGGUUGGAUGACCGGUACGGUUCAACGUACAGGUGAAACUGGAAUGUUACCAUCGAAUUAUGUAGAGGCAGCCUAAUGAAUGUGAAAUUCAAAACCUAAAACAUCAUCAUCGAAAUAAAUCAUUUCAAAGACAAUCAUCCGCAUCAUCUUUUUUUUCCAUACAAACUAUCCAUAAAGGAUAUAUUUUAAUGU